AUGGUUGCACCAGCCUGGCGAUUUUGGCGGGUAGAUUCGCAGUUCAUCACAGAGACGGGACGUUUCUUGUUGAGACAUAAUAUCGGGUCUCCCCCUUAUCUCUCAAUCCGGCUCAACAAGAAGUACAAAUACGUCAUCUUCAAGCUCUCGGACGACAACAAGGAGAUCGUCGUCGAUAGCACCAGCGAGGAUGGGCCCGGUUACGAGGACUUCCGCAACAAGCUUAUCAACGCCCAGACCAAGAGCAAGACUGGUGCUGUGGGCAAGGGACCCCGAUAUGCGGUCUACGACAUCGAGUACGACCUCGCGUCCGGUGAGGGUAUCCGGAACAAGAUUACCUUCAUCGCCUGGUCGCCUGAUGAUGCCGGUGUGAUGGCCAAGAUGGUUUACGCCUCGUCCAAGGAGGCCUUGAAACGCGCCCUGCCCGGUCUCGCCGUUGAAGUGCAGGCCAACGACACCGACGACAUCGAGUGGGAGUCGCUGGUGAAGACGGUCAGCAAGGGCACCGCAGCCCGUUAG